AUGGCAUUCGUACCCAAGAGCAACACUGAAACCCUCCGCAAGUACCUCGCCCUCGACCAAGGUGGCCGAGUCCAAGCCGAAUAUAUCUGGAUCGAUGGUGAUAAUGGUCUCCGAUCCAAGACGAUGACUCUCGACUUUAAACCCACCGAUGUCUCUGAACUGAAAGAAUGGAAUUUCGACGGUUCAUCCACUAAUCAAGCUCCUGGUAACAACUCUGAUGUAUUGCUACGUCCUGCGGCCAUCUUCAGGGAUCCAUUCCGUGGUGGUGACAACAUCCUUGUCCUGGCUGAAUGCUAUAAUAAUGAUGGUACCCCUAAUAAGACAAAUUACCGCCAUGCCGCUUUAAAGAUCUUUGAGAGAUUUGCCGACGAUCAUCCCUGGUUCGGUCUUGAGCAAGAAUAUACCCUGUUCGAUUCAGAAGGAACCGUGUUGGGUUGGCCAAAGAGCGGAUUUCCGGCACCCCAAGGACCUUAUUACUGUUCGGUCGGUGCUGAUGUGGCAUAUGGGAGAGAUAUUGUCGAAGCACACUAUAAAGCUUGUAUGUACGCUGGUGUCAAUAUUUCUGGUAUUAAUGCUGAAGUCAUGCCUGGUCAAUGGGAAUUCCAGGUUGGUCCAUGUGAAGGAAUCUCGAUGGGAGACCAUCUUUGGAUGGCUCGUUUCCUCCUCAAGCGUGUCGCUGAAGAUUUUGGUGUCGUAGUAUCCUUCCAUCCAAAACCAAUAAAAGGAGAUUGGAAUGGUGCUGGAUGUCACACAAACUAUUCGACAGAGGCCAUGCGUAAGGAAGGAGGCAUCAAGGCUAUCCACGAGGCUAUAGAAAAAUUAUCUCAACGUCAUGCCGAACAUAUAGCAGUAUACGGAGACGAUAACGAUCAGCGAUUAACGGGUCAACAUGAAACUGGACAUAUUUCGCAAUUCUCAUCAGGUGUGGCUCAUCGUGGCGCCAGUAUCAGAAUUCCUCGACAUGUGGCAGCCCAAGGAUAUGGUUACUUGGAAGACAGAAGGCCUGCAUCGAAUAUUGAUCCGUACCGUGUGACCGGUAUCAUUACCCAAACGACGCUCUCAUAG